UCUGCGGUAAUUUUGCGCAUGCGCACACAUUGACUAGGCCUCUUGACUAUCUUGAAUCAGCUGUUCAGAAUGGACGUACAGGUUGCUCCUCUACGCUCCUGGGAGGAUUUCUUCCCUGGCUUUGAGCGGUUUGCCCGGCCUGACUUUAAAGAUGUAUCUAAAUGGAACAACAGGGUCGUAAGCAACCUUCUCUACUAUCAAACGAACUACCUGCUUAUGGGUGCGGCUAUUAUCUCCCUGGUGGGAUUUUUAAGUCCACUUAACAUGGUGCUCGGUGCCACUGUUGUGAUUCUUAUCUUCCUGGGCUUCAUAUGGACCUCACAUAACAAGGAUUUUGUGCGCAAAUUUAAGAAGCAGUACCCCACCGUGUUCAUUCUCUCCAUUCUGUUAUCCAGCUACUUUGUCAUUUCAAUGUUUGGCGGUGUGAUGGUUUUUGUAUUUGGAAUCACUUUUCCGAUGUUGUUAAUGUUUAUUCAUGCUUCUCUGAGGCUUCGUAAUGUAAAGAACAAACUGGAAAAUAAGAUUGAGGGAAUUGGUCUGAAGAAAACGCCUAUGGGAAUUGUCCUUGAUGCCCUGGAACAGCAGGAAGAAAACUUUGCUAAAAUUGCCGGUCUAAUCACCAAAGGGAAGGAGUAAAGAUGGCCUCUUACAAGCCACAGCCCCACUCUGCUGCUGACCCACUGACGUGUUUCAUUCACUUAACUGGCAACAGAUGUCUGCCAUGUUUUUUCCGAUUAUUUGGACAGCCAAUUUGAAGAAAUGCUUUUACAUUGUUCUGUAAAAUUAUAAUAUUCCAAGUAGUUGUGGGUCUACUAUUGUUGGAACUGCAUGAACAGUGGCCACUGACAAUGGGAAUUUGGUAACACUGAAUUAUCCCUAAUUCUGACUUAUUUUACAGGUCAGCUACAACUCAACGUGACUCCCUAAAUUCUGUAAUUAAAGUUUUAGGAGUACUGUGCAUGUAAACAUAGUAUUCUGAGUAUUAUUAUUUUACCAUAUGAAGUGUUUAUUGGUUACACAAUGUUUACCCUGAUUUAGUUUAGAGAACAGACGCAGAUUGGACACUUGGCUUGCUUUAGUUUAGAUAACAGAUGGAACACUUGACUUGCUUUAGUUUAGAGAACAGACGCAGACAGGACACUUGACUUGCUUUAGUUUAGAGAACAGAUGCAGGCGGGACACUUGACUUGCUUUAGUUUAGAGAACAGACGCAGACAGGACACUUGACUUGCUUUAGUUUAGAGAACAGAUGCAAAUGGGACACUUGGCUUGCUUUAGUUUAGAGAACAGAUGCAGGCGGGACACUUGGCUUGCUUUAGUUUAUAGAACAGACGCAAAUGGGACACUUGGCUUGCUUUAGUUUAGAGAACAGAUGCAGGCGGGACACUUGGCUUGCUUUAGUUUAGAGAACAGAUGCAGGCGGGACACUUGGCUUGCUUUAGUUUAGAGAACAGACGCAAAUGGGACACUUGGCUUGCUUUAGUUUAGAGAACAGAUGCAGGCGGGACACUUGGCUUGCUUUAGUUUAUAGAACAGACGCAAAUGGGACACUUGGCUUGCUUUAGUUUAGAGAACAGAUGCAGGCGGGACACUUGGCUUGCUUUAGUUUAGAGAACAGAUGCAGGCGGGACACUUGGCUUGCUUUAGUUUAGAGAACAGACGCAAAUGGGACACUUGGCUUGCUUUAGUUUAGAGAACAGAUGCAGGCGGGACACUUGGCUUGCUUUAGUUUAGAGAACAGAUGCAGGCGGGACACCUGGCUUGCUUUAGUUUGGAGAACAGACGCAGGCGGGACACCUGGCUUGCUUUAGUUUGGAGAACAGACGCAGAUGGGACACCUGGCUUGCUUUAGUUUGGAGAACAGACGCAGAUGGGACACCUGGCUUGCUUUAGUUUGGAGAACAGACGCAGGCGGGACACCUGGCUUGCUUUAGUUUGGAGAACAGACGCAGAUGGGACACCUUGCUUGCUUUAGUUUGGAGAACAGACGCAGACGGGACACUUGGCUUGCUUUAGUUUAGAGAACAGACGCACACGGGACACUUGGCUUGCUUUAGUUUAGAGAACAGACGCACACGGGACACUUGGCUUGCUUUAGUUUAGAGAACAGACGCACACGGGACACUUGGCUUGCUUUAGUUUAGAGAACAGACGCACACGGGACACUUGGCUUGCUUUAGUUUAGAGAACAGACGCACACGGGACACUUGGCUUGCUUUAGUUUAGAGAACAGACGCACACGGGACACUUGGCUUGCUUUAGUUUAGAGAACAGACGCACACGGGACACUUGGCUUGCUUUAGUUUAGAGAACAGACGCACACGGGACACUUGGCUUGCUUUAGUUUAGAGAACAGGCGCACACGGGACACUUGGCUUGCUUUAGUUUAGAGAACAGGCGCACACGGGACACUUGGCUUGCUUUAGUUGCUCAUUUACCCAAUGUUUAUGGAUUUGUUACACCUAGUUCCUUCCUCUAGUGAUUUAAUAUUUUAAUUAUACGUCCUAUGUCCACACUUAAAGGGACACUGAACCCAAAAAAAUUAUUUUGUGAUUUAGAUAGAGCAUGCAAUUUUAAGCAACUUUCUGAUUUACUCCUAUUAUCACAUUUUCUUUAUUCUCUUGGGAUCUUUAUUUGAAAAGCAAGAAUGUACGUUUAAAUGCCUACCUAUGUUUGGUGAACAACCUGGGUUGUUCUUGCUGAUUGGUGGAUAAAUUCAUCCACCAUUAAACAAGUGCUGUCCAGGGUCUGAACCAAAAAUUGCUUGGCUCCUUAGCUUAGAUGCCUUCUUUUUCAAAUAUAGAUAUCAAUUUUUCUUCGUUCUCUUGCUAAUAGAAGUAAAUUAGAAAGUUUCCUUAAAUUGCUGCUCUAUCUGAAUUGCGAAAGAAAAGAAUUGGGUUCAGUGUCCCUUUAACCAGCAACUUCAUUUUGAAGCUGGUUUAGACUUUUUGCACUCAAGUUUGUAGUCAAACCAUUAGGGCCCUUACAUAUGCUGUAUAUUUGCACAAACGUUAAACCUCACUCCACAUCUCAGCUUCUGCUAUGCUUCUGGCUUGUAGUUCCAUAGGGAAGUUAUCUCAGUUUAUUCUUCUGCCUUCUAAUGUAACGAUAGUCAAUAUAGACCAGUGUGUCCAACCAUUAGGUUCCACACUAGAGUGUUCUUUCCAGUUGAGGGAACCAAUUGGGAAAUAGUACAAACACACCAAUACAUAUAAGGUGUUCUUAUAUAUAGAAAGAUCCUUCCAAUAGACAGCAUAUGAGCUGUGUUUUUUAUUUCAGUAACUGCUGCUUACUCCAGGCAGAAACAUUAAAGAAAAGCAUCCGUUAACAGAGCUUAGGUCAAUAAGACGUAUUCCUAGUACAGUAGUGGUUUUGGAAGUGGAGGUGACAAAAGUAUAGGUUAGACACGGCUGUGCUAGAUUUGUCUACUGCUAAAGUAUUUUAUUCUAUUUUCUUUCUCUCUUGCAAUAUAAAAGUUAGAGACAUGAAACCCAAAAUGUUUUUUUUGUAACCUGAGAAACUCUGAACUUAAAUCUAUUUGAAUUUAAAUAAUACAGCACUUCCUACAAAUAUUCAUUGGUUAAUAGCUACAUAUGUUUGCUCCUACCUAUAUGACCAUUAGGACGCACAACUGAUACUGCCGUAUGCUUUGAAUUUAAAACCGCUUGUACAAAACAAACCAAUAUGUUUAUUUGCUGCUCUUCCAUAUAGAUAAUAUAGUUUCCUAGUAUAAUGUCCAUUUAAUUUUAGAAAUAAAUUACAAACUUAGAUAAGGCACAUGACGCCAUCAUUUGUUGCAUGCUUAUGAAUUUGCUUUCAUUUGAAGUUCCAGUAUAAUGGACACAAAACAAAUCAUUUUAGCACUAGCAAACCUGCUACUCACAAAGGGGCUAAACUCAUAACUAAAGGGACACUCAAGGCAAAAUGAAACUUUCAUGAUUCAGAUAGAGCAGCAAUUUUAAACAACUUUAUAAUUUUGCUUCUACUAACAAAAUGUGCUCAGUCUUUUUAUAUUUAUACCUUGAGUCACCAGCUCCUACUGAGCAUGUGCGAGAAUUCACAGAAUAUAUGUAAAUGCAUUUGUGAUUGGCUGAUGGAUGUCACAUGAUACAGGGGGAGAGGAAAUAGACAUAACUGAAAUUUGUCAGAAAAAAAUCUACUCAUUUGAAGUUCAGACUAUGCUAUUGCAUUGUCUUGUUAUUGUACAUUUGUUUAUUAUGCAAAUCUACUGUAUUUACUGCUUGAGAUUCUCAGAGAACCUCUAGUUCAGAGCGGAACCUCAAGACCCAGCUGUCUGACUACUGCUGCUAAAUGGGUCAGCAGCAGUUUUGCUCAGGACCAUCAGGGGUUAAACAAAUAGUUGCAGGGUUGCUAGUGCUAAAAUUACACACAUGAAGUAAUUCAAUCAAAUGAUUUCUUCCUCUAAUGAACCCUUUCAGAUUGCUAAUAUCAGUAAAAUAUAUUAUUUUAGUAUUAAGUUUAUUUUUUAUGAUGUAUCAAAGCUUUACUAUUCCUUUAGUUUAUCUAGGGGAAAAAAUCUAAAGUGUAAAUGUAAAGAUAUGAUGUUUGCACUUGCUGUUCUAUUUAUUUGUUAUAUUUUUAUUGGAUGUAUUAAAAUGCUUCGCUUCCCUCUACAUCUCCACAGAAAUUUUAUUCAACACCCCCCCCCCAUUCCACCAAAAUCUCAUACAUUACCAUAUUGUUUAUAGUAUCAGAUCAUUAUCGUAUCACAUAUAAUACCAAAAUAUUGCCUACUCAUUAUUUUUAGUCUAAAAUGAAAAUAUAUAUAUAUCAGUGCCCCUAAUAUACAAAAGUAGAGAAAUCCUGGAUUUUUCCUGUGUAUAAUGUUAGCAUUUUACAAAAUAAACAAUUUAAAUCAUGGCAGUAAUUGAAAAAAGAAAAUAUUUAUUUCCCUUCCUCAGCCGUCCUUAAAGGGACAGUCAACACCCGGCAGAACAUAAAACCAUAAUUUAGAUACUCAGAAUAACAUGCGCCUGCACCGCCUCCCAUGUUAAAUACCUGUAACGAUACAGGAGUAAGUGUCCACAGCACAUACGUUUUUCUGCUGUUGACAUGACCGCCAAACUCCUCCCCCUCUUCCUUCGUCCCCUUCUCUAUAGAUCACAAUGCUCGUUCGUGUUCUUGCUAAUGCUCAUGCAAAUUUUAAUUUCUGCCCGCUUGCAAGCAAAAAACUGAAGCGCUUCUGCGAAUCACCAUGAACGCGGGUAUAGAAUCCCACCGAGGACUCUGUUCUGAUUGGCUGCUAAGUUUAACAAGAAGGGUAAUAGGUUAGGCUGGGUGGAGUUUGGCGGCCAUGUCUACAGCAGAAAAAGGUAUGUGCUGUGGACGAUUACUCCAUAUCGUUACAGGUAUUUAACAUGGGAGGUGGUACAGGUGCAUAUUAUUCUGAGUAUCUAAAUUAUGGGAUUAAGUUCUGCCGGUUGUUGACUAUCCCUUUAAUGAUUACAAUUGGUUAUUGCAGAUACAGGAAGCAUAUUGCAACGACUGCUCAUGCUGCAUGUGUAACUAUUGUUAUUGUGCAAUAUUUUAUAUCUGUAUAUGAAAGCUUCAGAACCGAGAAGCAGAAAUUAAUAAAAUGGAAAACUUACAUUCUAAAA